AUGGCUCUCUCCGCCAAGAACAAAAUGGGAUUUGUCGAUGGCACCAUUUCCAGAUCGGCCACCACCGAUUCGAGUUACGAAGCUUGGAACCGUGUUAACAACAUGGUUCUAUCUUGGCUCCUCAACUCCAUCCAUUGUGAUCUUGCUGCUUCUGUUCUUUAUGCUGAUUUCACUGUUGCUGUUUGGAAGGAUCUUUAUGACCGUUUCUCUCCAUCAAACGGCCCACGCAUUUUUGCACUUGAACGUGCCAUGGCCACUUUGCAACAAAACAACGAUUCAGUCACCAAAUAUUUUAAUACCUUGAAGGCUUAUUGGGAUGAACUAGGUACCUUGGUACCCAUACCCUCUUGUACUUGUGGCGCUUAUAACACUUUUUCCACUCAUUACCAAAAUCGCCAAUUAAUGCAAUUCUUAAUGGGUUUGAAUGAUGUCUAUGCACCAAUACGAAGUCAGAUUUUGCUUCAGGAUCCUCUUCCCUCUUUGGGUCGUGCCUAUUCCCUCAUCCUUCAAGAUGAAUCACAGCGUCUUCUUCAAUCAUCCAAUGCCAUGGUUGAAGGAUUUGCUUUACUCACCAUGCCUACCUUGUGUGAUACUUUUGCUAGAUCUAUUAAUGCAGUCACCAAACCACGGUCCGCUGAGCAACGUCAACGUUCUAAAGAACGGUGCACUUAUUGCCAUAUUGUGGGUCACACUUGGGAUGUCUGUUAUAAACUCAAUGGAUAUCCUCCUCAUUAUCGAGCUGCUCGAUGUUCUCAACCACGUCGGGACACCGUGGCCACGCCUAUGUCCACCACGUCUUCGGCCACUCUUGCGGUGAACUUGUUCACUACCGAACAGUAUUAG